AAUUUGGAAGGUUAUUAUCAUUAAACUAAAAAAUGAUAUGAAAUAAAUAAAAAAAUGAAUGAAUACUUUUAUUCAAAGGAUGUCAGUGAGCUUCGUCGAAGUUUCAGAGAAGGAAAAAUGAAAAGUUUAGAUAGCAGGUUAACACAGCUUCGAUUAUUACAUAAACUUUUAGAAGAAGGUGAAAAUGAACUUUGUGAUGCUGUCUAUAAAGAUUUAAAAAAGUGCAGGGUAGAAACAAACAUGAUGGAAUUUCUUCAAAUUCGAAUAGAACUUGGUAAUGCAACACAAAAUCUUGAAAAAUGGAUGAAACCAAAACAAGUUAAAGGGGAUCUUAUCAACAAGCUGAACACCUGUCAGUUGCAUAAAGAUCCGCUUGGAGUUGUUUUGAUUAUUGGAGCAUGGAAUCUACCACUAUGGGAAAUUUUUUUUCCUCUUGUUGGUGCUUUAUCUGCAGGAAAUUGUGCCAUACUCAAACUUUCUGAACUUUCUCCGCAUACAGCUCUUGCUAUAGAAAAACUAGUUCCUAAGUACUUAAGUAGGGAUUGUGUUAAAGUUGUCAAUGGGGGCAUUGCUGAAACAACUGCUCUUUUGCGUGAAAGGUUUGAUUACAUAUUUUAUACCGGCAGUACGAAUGUAGGUCGAAUUGUUAUGAAGGCUGCAGCUGAACACUUAACUCCUGUAACUCUGGAGCUUGAUGGAAAGUGUCCAGCAAUUGUGGAUAGCACCUCCAAUUUUCCUGUAGUUGCACAACGUAUUGCAUGGUCUAAGUUUUCCACAUGUGGACAGUUAUGUUUGGCAGUUGAUUACAUACUUUGUCUUCCGAGUUGUGAAGAAGCACUUGUUGAUGCUCUCAUAGCUUCCAUAAAAAAGUUUUAUGGUGACAAUCCAAAAACAUGUGAAAGUUAUGGAAGAAUUGUCAAUAAGCAUCAUCACCAAAGAAUCACCAAGUUGAUUGAUAAAUCGAAAGUUGUCUAUGGUGGAGAGAUUGAUGAAGAUGAUUUAUAUAUUGCUCCUACUAUACUGACGAAUGUUACACCUAACGACCUCAUUAUGAAAGAAGAAAUAUUUGGACCUUUGCUUCCUAUUAUAGCUGUGUCUUCUUUGCAAGAAGCUGUUGACUUUAUUAAUAAAAGAGAUAAACCCCUUGCAGUGUAUAUGUUUUCAAAUGAUGAGAAAUCUAUCAGCUUUGUGACUUCUGAAACUUCAUCAGGAGGAAUGUGUGUUAAUGAUGCAGCUGUGCAUGCAGCAGUACCUAAUCUUCCAUUUGGUGGAGUUGGUAAAAGUGGUAUGGGUUCUUACCACGGAAAAAAAUCAUUCAACACUUUUUCUCACACAAAAUCAUAUUUGUACAAAAAUCAAAGACUUGAAAAUCUAAAUGCAGUUCGUUACCCGCCCUACAAAGAAGACAACGCGGUAAUGAAAUGGACUGAGUGGAUUUUGAAACCAACACUUAAGUGAACAUAUUUACACUUUAUUCAGAGUGCAAAGUUGUAUCUAUGACAAUUUCAUAACGCUUCAAAUUUGAAAUCGGAAUUGAAAUUCAAAAGCCAUUUUUUUUUUAUUUUUACAAAGAAGACGCAUUCCGCAUUUUUAUGAUCAAAGUUUCUUUGAUAAUGUUUUUGUUUAAUGACAUUUUUAUGAUGUUUUUACGUUAAUUUUAUGUUUAAUUUAAUGUUUUUAAUAACACAGGCCAACAUUUUGAUA